UCUCUUCCUCAGUCCAAAUGUGUGGACAAUUGUCACCCUGGAUUUGUGAAACGGGCUCGGAAAGAAGAACCAAUUUGCUGCUAUGAUUGUAUUCCUUGUCCGGAGGGGACCAUCUCCACACAGGAAGAUACUGAAAAAUGCACCAAGUGCCCAGAUGAUAAAUAUCCAACUGGUGACAGAGUCCAAUGUAUCCCCAAAAGAAUAACCUUCCUGUCCUAUGAAGAUCAUCUGGGCAUCAUCCUGGUCUUCUUUGCUGUAGUCUUGUUUCUAACAACAGGCUUUGUUUUAGUCAUCUUCCUUAAAUACAUAGAAACUCCCAUUGUCAAAGCCAACAACCGUGACCUCUCCUACAUCCUCUUGGUCUCCCUCUUUCUUUGCUUCUUGUCCUCCUUUUUCUUCAUUGGCCGACCAAGGAAAGCCACCUGCCUUUUCCGACAAACAGUGUUCAGCAUCGUCUUCUCAGUAGCUGUGUCUUGUGUUUUAGCCAAAACAAUCAUGGUAGUACUGGCCUUCCUGGCCACGAAACCGGGGAACAGGGUGAGGAGAUGGUUGGGGAAGAGCCUGGCCAACUCCAUCAUCCUUUCUGGUUGUGCUGGAAAAUUUGUAAUUUGUGCAAUCUGGCUGGGAGUUUCUCCUCCAUUUCCUGAUGUUGACCUGCACUCCCAACCAGGAGUGAUCAUCCUUCAAUGUAAUGAAGGCUCUGUCACCAUGUUUUAUAUUGUUCUUAGCUACAUGGGUUUUCUUGCUGCUAUUUGCUUCACGGUGGCUUUCCUGGCCAGGAACCUUCCUGGUGCCUUCAAUGAAGCCAAAUUGAUCACCUUCAGCAUGUUGGUCUUCUGCAGUGUCUGGAUCUCCUUCCUGCCCACCUACUUGAGCACCAAAGGGAAAUACAUGGUGGCCGUGCAGGUCUUCUCCAUCUUGGCUUCUGGUGCUGGCCUGCUGGCCUGCAUCUUCUUCCCCAAGUGCUACAUUAUCAUUCUGAGACCAGAUCUAAAUACUAAGGAACAUUUAAUGAUAAAAGUUGGUAUCUGA